UUUACCCUGACAGCUGAUGCACGCAAAAUAAUUUCCGAUAAUUGCAUGAAAUUGUCCAAUAACACCAGUCAGGUGACAGAUUGUAAUAAACAGAAACGUAACGAUAAAUCCGAAGAAAAACUUCACGUCGUAAAUACCAAGAUCAACCAACCAACUUGCGUAAUCCGCACCCAUAUCUUGCCAGAAGUUUAUACCAGGAGCGAAGACAAGGAGAUAGAACAAAACGAAGGGGAACCAGCAGGACUAGAUAACUCCGAAUAUCCAGCAGAGCUUGACAAACUAGAAUCCUCAAGAUCAGAAAAUAAUUCAAGUUUUGAAUAUCCGGCGCUAAUUGUUGAGAGAAGUAGACUUGACGAAAAUCCAGAAGUUCUAGAAGCUUUCGUCAGAGAAAUUCCAGAUAUUACUUGUGAAACUGGUUCUUCAAUAGCUCCUAAUGAGAAGGUUGAUCAGAUAAGAAAUCUCUUUGAAGAAAUCAGCAAAAUGAAAGCUAACGGAUUGAAAAAUUUCACAGCAAAGCCAUUUGUUGUUGAAAUUAAAAGCUACUCUGACAAGAAAAAAGAAGAAGAAAUUAGAAGAUGUUCAAUAGAAAAUUGCCCACAAAAGAUGGUGUCUCCUCCGCCUCCUCUUUCUUUGUCAGAGAAAAACGUAAGUGGCAUUUCAUCAAGAAAACAAUCUGGAAGUAGCAACAGCUCUUUCAGUUCCAUAGAACAGCCACAAAUAGAUAAAAUUAUCCAAAAGAAGACUCAUCCAGAAAUUCUACGAUCUUCCGGCUCGUCUCAAGGCUCUGAUGGUGUUUUGCCUAGUGAAACAAAAUCGCUAGAUGGUGAAAAGAGUCAAUGUGUAGAACAUCUCAAUGGCAAACACACGCCUCCAUCAAACAGACCUGUUUCAAGCUACUUUGAUCCGACUCAAUUUAAUUUUCCCGUUGGAUUAGACACUAACCUCAAACCUUCAGAAUUUCUAAAGACAGUUGAUAAAAAACCUUUUCCGUCGAGUUUAAUGACAAAGAAACAUAGUGUGUCAUCGAACGAAAACAUUAUCAAGAUAAAUACUGCAAAAUCAAGAACUAAUAUCCAGACAAAAACAAUAGAAGAUUUUGCAAAAAACGUUGAAAUUGUUGAAAAAGUCGACGUUCCAUUUACCAAAAAAAACGAUAUUGAAGUUUCUAACCACUCUGGAAAUCAAGAGAGUUGGGCUGAGGAGAAAAAGAAGAGGGACAUCUUACAAGAAACCUUAGGCGCCACGAAUAAGCCAGUCUUCAGCAUUACAAAAGAACAGCUGCAGUCUGUUAAUCUGAAGAAAACAGAAAAAGCCUCUUCCGAUGAUAGGACCGUCCUCCUGAAGAUUAAUCGGUCAACACCUGUGAAGAAGAAUGACAUCAUUGCCGAAUUUAAAUCUCCCCCGGUGGACAUCGACGUGUUGAGAAGGCCUAAAGAGGAGAGAAUGAAGCUGGAGAUAGAAGAGAAAAAUAAAAACACACCAGAAAUUCCUAAGGAUUGCCAGACAGAAAACUUUAUUGAAACUAUCACAGAAAAAGGCUCAUAUACCGAUAUUCCACAAUGGAAACGACAAAUGCUUGCCAAAAGAGCCUCUGAGAAGGCCCACAAGAUGUCGGUAGAAGAGAUGCAGAAGCGUGCAGAGGAUCAGAAAAUAAACACCGUACCAGAAUGGAAACGCGUUCUAAUGCGGAAGAGUUUGAAAAGCUCAAGUGCAGCGCCAUCUCGAAACAAUGAAAGCCAUCACAAGCCUCUGGUUAACGUUACAGCAGCUAAGGACAACCUCGAUUAUGGAACACAAACUAAUUUUAUUAUAACCGAAGGAGACAAGCCAUCCAACCCAAACUUUGAAAAUUUUAAGAAGAACAAUAGGACUGGUUCUCUGUGAUUUGGAGAUCGAAACUAAACUUGACGGAAAAGUUGCUUGAUUGUCAGAAAAGUAAUGAUCAAGGAUUCUGAAGCCAGAGGUCUCUGUUAAUAGAAUAAGGAAUAUUAAAUUCAGAUAUUGAUAUCCCCAACAUGAAGUAGAUAUUUUAUAAUGAUGAGAAUAAUCAAUUAAUUAUGCUAAAGAUAUAAUAAUCUAUUUGUUUAUUUGACAUUCAACACUUACGUAUGUGAGCCAUGUGUGUAUCUUAUAUUUAAAUCUGUGACUUUUAUCUUAUUGUGACUAUUAGUGCUAUAACGCUGCAACAAUGCCUAAGACACGUGCUUUAUGUAUAGAAAAACAAUUAAAUGAUCUGAUUAUUUUGUAAUGUGAUUUUGAAUAUAAACAUCUAAUAAUAAAGCUAUCAUGAAAGUGUGCUUAUAUAAGUUCCUGUGCACUUAUGUACGACGGAUAUCUAACGUUUUUGUGUACAAGUUCCUGUACUCUUAUGUACAACGGAUGUCUAACGUUUUUGUGUACAAGUUCCUGUACACUUGUAUACGACGGAUAUCUAACGUUUUUGUGUACAAGUUCCUGUGCAGUUAUGUACGACGGAUAUCUAACGUUUUUGUGUACAAGUUCCUGUACACUUGUAUACGACGGAUAUCUAACGUUUUUGUGUACAAGUUCCUGUGCAGUUAUGUACGACGGAUAUCUAACGUUUUUGUGUACAAGUUCCUGUGCAGUUAUGUACGACGGAUAUUUAACGUUUUUGUGUACAAGUUCCUGUACACUUAUAUACGACGGAUAUCUAACGUUUUUGUGUUUUUUUGCCAUAAAAAAUGUUUGCUUGACAAUUCAUUGAUGAAAUAAAAUUUGUGCUAAUUUUCGAAA